CAACACGAAGCCGCUCUGUCCAGACCGUAUGAAGCAUGAACGGUAUCACCGUCUCCGAGCACAUAGCGGGAUAGCCAAUACUUGCCAACCCUUCCCAUGUACCGCCCAGGGCCCGCCGGUGCAUGUGCCAUGAGACGCUGCAGCAUUGCUGGGCCCGGUCUGGACGCUUCGGGAUUCCCGUUGCUGCUGUGGAUGUGUGUGCUGGGUGGUAGGUAUGUACUCUACUCUACCAUACAGUACUCUACAUCCGUGCAAUGCAUGCUCAGUUGCCGUCGAGUGGAGUACACAUACUUCUUCAUACGGCCCACACGUAUCUAUGUCGGAUCCCUCUGCUGGCUCGUGGUGAUGCCGGUAGUUGCAGGAUCUGCGACUGAAUGUCUGUAGACUCUAUCGGGAGUCUCUGGGUGUGCACAUACUUGGAGUCCCGUUGCCCCUCCCUCUCCGGAAGCCACGAAGCCACAGAGUCCUCUG